CCCGUCUUAUUAGUUUAUAGUCUUAUAUUAAUCUUAGUAAAUAAAUAUGUAAAGAAUAAUAUAGAUAUAAAGAAUAAAUCUUUUGAUUUUAAUGCUUUUUAUACUCAAUAUACUAAAUAUUAUCCAAAGAAUAAAUUACCAUCACAAGAUUUUUUAGAAUGAUUUAUAGGUUUUUUUGAAGGAGAUGGUUCUAUGAUUAUGGGUAAAUCUGCUAAUUAUCUUAUUAUAGUUCAAUCUUAUAAAGAUAAAAAAGUUUUACAAUAUAUUCAAAAUAAUUUUAAUAUGGGUACUAUCGCAAUACAUUCUUCAAAAGAUAAAACUCUAUCUUGAUCAGUUAAAAAUCUUAAACAUAUAUACUUAUUAUGUUUAUUAUUUAAUGGUAAUUUAGUAUUACCUAUUAGGUUAUUAACUUUCAUUGGUUUUAUUUCUAAAAUUAACAUUAAGUUAUUCAAAAAUAAUGAGGAUAUUAUUAAAAUAAAUUUAAAUGUUAUUCUACCUACUUUAAAUGAUCAUUGAAUUGCAGGUUUUACAGAUGCAGAAGGGUGUUUUUCCGCUUCUGUUUAUAGUAAAAUUGAUCGUUCUUGAACUUUUAAUGUAACUUAUGUUCUUAGUCAAAAAUAUGAAUCUAAUAAAUAUGUUUUAGAACAUAUAUUAAAUUUAUUUAAUUUAGCCAACAAUAAACCCGUAAAUGAAACUUUACCUUUAAGUGGAGUAGAAUCUAAUAAAAGUUUAGGUAAAGUUUCACCACAUAGCAAACCUAAUGUUUGAGAUUUACGUAUUACAGGCUAUAAGAAUUGUAAUAAGAUAUUAUUUUAUUUUGAUACCUACUCAUUAAAAAGUAAUAAAUUAAAAAGUUAUUCUAUAUUUAAAGAAGUUUUAUUAUCUGUUGAAAAAGGUGAACACCUUAAUCCAGAUAAAAGACUUAAACUAAAAGAAUUGUGUAAGACUAUAAAUAAAUCUAAUAUAAAAGUUUUGAAAUAA